AUGUCCAUUCCGAGUUCGGUGAUGAUGAACUGCAACAAUGGACUGAUCAAACCGGAGGCUGACCAAUUCCCGGUCAAUUUUGACUGGGACAACUUUCCGCAGGAUGGGUAAGUUACAGUAUACGGUACCGUAAAAACGUUUUGAAGACUUUUAUCUUAUAAUUCUUUAUUCUUACACCUUAUUUAAAAUUUUUCCACCUUUAUUUUCGUCAUAUUCUGUUAUUGUGCCAGCGGUUCACUAAUUUAAAGUGCCAUCACCGUUCUAAUCCCCAAACCAAAUUGCAAACAUGUUUACACCGACCAAUUUGUGAUGUUCGUAUCCCAUUUCUGCAGUAUCGCACAUAUCUACAUAUUUACAUUGACAUCACGAAAACAGAAUCGUUUGACGCACUUUAAAUUAGAUGAACCUGCAGGGCAUUAAGCGGAUUAGUUAUGUUUAUGGGCUUUGAAAAGAUUUUCAUUUUAAUACAUUUUUCUUCACGAUUUGCAGGCUCGGCCACGCCCCGCCCGACUACAUUUAUCCGCCGGUUCGCGUGGCCCACCCUCAACCGGUUCAGAGUCAUCUGAACAUCGAGUCCAUCAAGACGACACCGCGCUUCGACACUAGUGACAAUUCGAUAAGUAAGUUUGUUUUGUAAUUAAGUAAUUGAAUAAUAUAGUGUAAAAACUGUAUGUUAGUAUAAUAUAAGUUUAUGCUUGUUUUAUAGUGGAAUUUUAGGUUUUAAAUGCAGAUCUGAUAGUAGAACAGUAAUUAAAUCAAUAUUUUGGCUUAAUUUUUAUAUGUAACCUCAAAAUGUAAAAGUUCUUUUAUGUACGUGCCAAAUUAGUAGAUUACUAUAAGACACAUUACUAUAAGAUGAUAUGUGUGCUGUUUAGUACGGGUAUAAAUUGCUUUAAGAUGUUGGUAAUUAAUUAAUCUAGCAGAUAAUUGAGCUACUAUAUAAGGCCAAUAUUUUCGUACUCAGCUCAUUAUUAUUUAGCUAUAAUAUGUUUCGGAAAAUGUAAAAAUAUGUAUACUAUAAGACUUUCGAGUUCUUUAUAGUAUACUAAAAUAUUUUUGUACUUGUGAUAUAUAGUUUCUUAAUGAUAAUGUAGAUGAUAUUUUAGACAAAUUACAAUUUUAUUUUACCUCUUUUCAGAUUCCCAAUUCUCCCACAACCAUACCAAGUACUCACAAUUAAACGCAUCCACCCCAUCGACAGCCGACCGUUCCAGGUCUCGUACCCCACCCUCGCCCUCAAACACGUCUAGUUCCAUACCCUCAACCUCAUCCGCAAUGUACCUACCCCCACAAUUGCACAUGCCCCACCACGAAAUGAACUACACCUCCACCUCACCCAACAGUGCCGGCUACGAAACGGUCGAUAUGUUUGGGUCGACAAAAGUCAGCGAAUCCUCACUGACACCCUACACUGAUGCCACGAACUGCAAGAAGUCGUCGAAUCACAUUAAACGACCAAUGAACGCGUUCAUGGUCUGGUCCCAAGCUGAACGACGGAAAAUCUGCGAACAUCAGCCCGAUAUGCACAAUGCUGAAAUCUCGAAACAGUUGGGUACGCGGUGGAAACAGUUGAGCGAAGAGGAGAAACGACCUUUCAUCGAAGAAGCCGAACGCCUUCGCCAACUGCACCAAAAAGAAUACCCGGAUUAUAAGUACAAGCCGAGAAAGAAGCCAAAGAAGAACGUGCCCGGAGUCAAGGACAUAAAUGCGAACGAAGAGCGACAAAAGACUCAGAAACGGUAAGUACAACUGAAUUUGUUGUAAAUUCCUUGGAUUAUUUUAGAUUUUGAGUUCUUUAGCUUUUAUUGAAUUAUUUCGAAGCUUAGGAUUAAAAAUAUUAAAAUUCGAAGUUUUCGGGGCUUCAACUGAUCUUCUGUUUUGUAUUUUGGGAUUGUUGCGAUUUCUGGGUAUAAGCUAUAAUAUAUAGACUUUUUCAUAAUUUAAAAUGUUAUGUUAUGGUAGCUUCAAACUCUUAGUUCUUAUCGCAAACUCUUUCCUAAUUAAAUUCAUCGUGAUCUAACUUUCUAACUUAUUGUCUCUUUACCUCUUGCCAAUGGCUCAGUAAUUAGCGAAUUUUUUUAUCCACAAUUUGACUUAUUACGCAACCAAGGUCGCCGACAUUCCAUUACUUGUUUAUCCGAAAUAACUUUCUUCCCGAACUCGAAAACACUGUCAUCUCGCGAAAUCAUGCGUCAAUAACUCGACUGUCGUAAUAACAUCACAAACUUCGUAAAAUUGUAAUGCAGUUAACCUUUGUAGUCAAGCUGAAGAUCUUAAGAUAGCUUCUAGUAGCCUCUCAUCUUAACUUUGCUCUUUGUCAUCUUUUUUCUUGAUUUCUCUUGAUAUCUUCAGUCAUUUCUUGUAACAUAAGUGAAUAUUACUUUCUAUACUUUCUCUUCACGUAUCUUCAAUCAUAUUCAUCUAUCGCCUUUAAAAAUAUCUCUACCAUCUUUCAAAAAAACUGAAUACGCUUCCCCAACGUAUCCCCAGUCAUCCAUUUGACUCCGUCAACGUUUUUUACGGAUCCACGUUUGUUUCUCGUUGAAGCGCAAAGUGGAACGGUUUCACCUUAUAAUAUUUUUUAACCAAUCAUUCAACAUGUUUGUCGUUCCGAGAAACGAGUAACGCGAGAGUGGAAAAGCAUUUUGCGCAAUGUUUUCGUAAAAAUUUAUGAGCGCAAGAAACAAUUGAAUUUAACGUUGGAAUCCGAAAAAAACGGUUUAACAUCAGGUGGUGGUGAAGUUCACGUGAAUGAUAUAGGAUUCUUGUAUUGUAUUCAGUUAUUUUUGAAGAGUUUGCAAAAGAAAGCCGAGAACAAAAUGCGAAAAGCUAAAGUGUUACCUAAACGCUUCAAAAAGAUAACUUUUUCCAGUAAUUGUUACAAAAUCAUAAAACAAAAACCUUAAUUUUAGUCUAAGAACACCCAAUGACUUUUAGUUUACAAAGAAUCCCCUUUCCUUCCUUCCUUUAAUCCAUCAAUUCCCCUCCAAAACCGUAAAAGCGAGAACAGAUACCUAAACUUCAACAAAACCAAGAAAUCAUACCUAAUUUUUUCAGAUCUCUGACGCAACCCGUUCCAAUGGCGACAAUGGACCAAAACAAGCAAUUCCAAAAGUGCCAGUUCCCAAUUGAGUCCAUGGAUGCCAAUUUCCUCUACCAACAACAACAACAAGCCUUCUUCCAGUUCAACGACGAAACCGCCGCCAAAAAGCGGAAGAACGGUCAAAUGGCACCUUUGGCCAUUGACAACCACCAAAUCCCCAACCCGAUCUCACUACAACCCCAAAAUCAGCCUCAUAUGAAUCAAGGAGGUAAGGAAAUUGGCCAAGAUUUCUUAGAAAACGAUUUUCUCGAAGAAAGCCAUGUUAUACGACAAAACAUGUUUCUUGUGAUACUUGUUUGAUGUUUUUUAAGAACAGAUUAUUGCAAAAAUUGUAAAAUUGGUUAUUAUAAGUUUCAAUUUUUUGAUAUUUCUAAAAUUUUUCUUUAUUUUGAAAAUUUCAGAUUACCAACACCAACCAAUAGCAAUGUAUGGAAACGCGUUCCCAUCGCCAACGGACAACCGAAACGCUCCAAACACUCCAGAAUCUGGCUUCUACGAUGACUUUAAUCAUUUUAAUGCUUCUUUACAUCAAAGCCAUAUGAACGCGAGUAUGACGGCUAAGUAUCAGAUGCCAACCACACCAGUAUUAAAGGUAAGAAUUUCUUGAAGGCUGCUGUGUUUUAGCUUUAUUGUAACUAUUAAUGAUUUUUGGGUAUUCCUUCACUUUUUUCUUUUGAUUUUUGGACAAAAAAUACCGGUUUUCGAUAGUUUUUUAAAAGGAUUUACCAUGGAUAAUAUAAUAUUUUGGUCGUUUCAGGAAGAAAUCCGCUCAUCCUCAUCAGGAUCCUCAACUUCGUCACAAAUCUACAACCAAGAAGAACAAUUGAGCUACUACAACAACAUGAAUUACUGUUAUAACGGCGAUUAUCAACAACAACAACAAUAUAUGCAACCGGAGAACGAUAACUGGAUGAUGUAUCAAGAAGGUGGCAAAUUUGGUGUUUGGCGAUAA